CGCAACUGCGAUCUCCAUGGCCUCGCAGACAAAUCAUUUUGUCCUUCCCACGUUGGAUUCACCACUGCGCUCCAUAUGACUGUCGGCCAUGCUGCUCGGCCGCAGUCUCUGUUACGACGCACUCUAUCCCUCCUAGACUUCCUCUUACCUUCUCUGACUCCGAGAAUGGCGACUCCUCUCCCUUUCCAAGAUGUUCCUCACGUUCCUAUCCCUGCGAGAGGCGUUGACUACAGGGGAAAGGUAGUUCUCGCUCCCAUGGUUCGGUCGGGAGAACUUCCAUCACGUCUUCUGGCUCUCAAGUACGGUGCAGAUCUGGUAUGGGGUCCUGAGACGGUCGAUCGAUCCAUGAUUGGAACCACGCAAAACACCAACCCUCGCACUGGCUGCAUAGAGUGGACACGCACCUCCAACAACGAUUCCAUAAGUGUGAUAUACCGCAUCGAUCCACAGAGAGAGUCGGACAGAUUAAUCUACCAAAUCGGUACCGCUUCACCCGAUUACGCCGUUCAAGCCGCGACGCUCGUUGCUCCUUAUGUUCGUGGAAUUGAUGUGAAUGCUGGGUGUCCAAAGCCUUUCUCUACUUCAGGAGGCAUGGGCGCAGCUCUCCUCCGAACUCCGGAUCAUCUUUGUAACAUCCUGACAGCUCUGGUCACGAAGGUGGGAAAACCUCACGAGAUUGGUAUCAGCGUCAAGAUCCGGUUGCUCGAGACCCCUGAACUGACCUCAGAGCUUGUCAAUAAACUUUGUAAAACCGGCAUUACUGGCUUGACCGUUCAUUGCAGAACUACCCCGAUGAGACCGAGAGAGCGUGCUAUCAGGGAACAGCUUCGGAUGAUCGGCGAUAUAUGCAGGAGUCAUGGGGUCGCUUGCCUGAUGAACGGCGACGUGAGAUCUCGAGAAGAAGGACUCGCUCUUGCAAAGGAGUAUGGUGUCGACGGAUCAAUGAUUGCCACGGCUGCAGAAGCUAAUUCAUCGGUGUUCCGCAGCAAGGAGCAGGGUGGGUUGGCACCUUGGUCGGAGGUGGUCAGAGAGUAUCUGCAGCUUGCGAUGAGCGUCGAGAACAAAUGGGGCAACACAAAGUUCCUGCUAUCUCAGCUCAUGCCCGGGAAGAAUCCUGCCUAUCAACCAGUCCAAAAGUCGCGAAGCUACACAGAAGUACUUUCGCUUCUGGAGAUAUCUGAUUUAGAUAUUGUGACAAAGGCAAAAGAGAUUGAUCAGAUCCUUCGUCUCAACAUGCCACAAAUAACUAAAGCAGAUAUCAAGCGACAGCAUAAACAGGAGAACCGGGAGAAUCAGAUAAAGAAACUGGAAAAGAAGAGAGUUCUGGAACAAAGAAGUGACGAGAACGAACAUAUCCACCAGGAGCGGAACAAGAAGCAAAAGGCCGAAAUCGCAGCAGAGAACUCAGGUUUUGAUGGAGUUGGCCAGGGCGCGAUGGCGGUAACAGUGUGACGUUAGCAAUAUUGCACUCAAUCGGCGCCAAUCCUCAAAAUAUGGAUCGGCUCCUGACGCAAAAUCAAACAACAUCGACAGGCACACCACAGCUGAAUCGGCAUAAGCGCUUCGAUAGUGCGAUUCCUGGAGGAUAUACUGAAAAUCUUGCAUCUCCUAACGUCUCGCAAAUGUGCCACAGGGCAGCGACUGCCGUCGAGCUGGGAUUUGGAGAGAUCAGAAGACGCUUGAACGGCUCCCAAGUUGGAAUACAUCACGACCAGUUUUGAUCUUCUUGAGGCGCUCCAUUUGCCAGACAUCUGGCAGACUUGAAGAGGUCUUUUCCAGAUGUGACUCUCCUACCACCAUUAGCUACAGAGAAGCAGGACCAAAAGGCGUUCAGAGCCUUGACGUGGUCUCAACUGAGCUCGCCAGAGCCGCACUCACUCGAACUCAAGGGGCGAGCCAGCCGCAAUGCCUGCGGUCUUAGUCUUCGGAAGACACGCUGAACAUUUCGAGAUUAUCGCGACCUGUCUUUCACCUUGCAAAUAGAGAAGACACAGUCCGCGCAUGCUUUUCCCUGCUCCAGGACCCAAUUCACAAAUAUAUUGUGACUGCCAGUAAUAUAUACAACAGAAUAGAUAGGUCACAGCUGUGAUUACCUGAACUCGCUUUUAAUACAUGUUGAUCCAUCC